UGGUGUAGCGACUUGGGAGGGGUGCCGAGCUAGAGCGCUGCACCGUUAGCUACUAGCCCGAGGGAAACUAAUGGAUGGGGCCCGCGAAUAUCUAGCAAACUAGAUGCACAAGGCUCCGCUGAAUUCAACGGGAGACAUCAGGGAGAAAUAAACAGACGCGGCUGUUUGUCCUGCAUCCUCCUGAGAUUGGGUUUGAGGAGAUCCAAGCAUGAACACGAGGGAUGACCCAGGAACAGCAUAGCUGAUUUCAGCCAGACUUCUUGCUGUUUUUUGGAACUAGUUCACCUUCAAUUUGAAAGGUUGCUGGGAUGGGUAAUCUGCUUAAGGUCCUAACCAGGGAGAUUGAAAAUUAUCCGCACUUCUUCCUGGAUUUUGAAAAUGCACAGCCGACAGAUGGAGAGCGAGAGAUUUGGAAUCAAGUAAAUGCAGUUCUGCAGGAUUCUGAAAGCAUUCUAACUGAGCUGCAGGCCUAUAAAGGGGCUGGUCAAGAAAUAAGAGAUGCAAUUCAAAACUCAGGUGAUGAUCAGCUUCAGGACAGAGCAUGGAAUUCAGUGUGUCCCCUGGUUGGGAGACUCAAGAGGUUCUAUGAAUUCUCCAUAAGAUUGGAAAAAGCAUUACAAAGCCUUUUAGAGACUUUGACGUAUCCACCCUACACACCAACUCAGCAUCUGGAACGGGAGCAAGCUCUGGCCAAGCAGUUUGCAGAGAUUCUGCAUUUUACUCUCCGCUUUGAUGAACUCAAGAUGAAAAAUCCAGCCAUCCAGAAUGACUUUAGUUACUACCGACGGACAAUAAAUCGCAACAGAAUUAACAAUAUGCAUUUAGAUACUGAGAAUGAAGUAAACAAUGAAAUGGCCAACAGAAUGUCCUUAUUUUACGCAGAAGCAACACCAAUGCUUAAAACGCUAAGCGAUGCGACAACCAAGUUUGUAUCAGAGAACAAGACUCUGCCUAUAGAAAAUACAACUGACUGUUUAAGCACAAUGGCAAGCAUAUGCAAAGUCAUGCUUGAAACACCGGAGUACAAGAGCAGGUUCACCAAUGAUGAAACUCUGUUGUUCUGUAUGAGAGUGAUGGUGGGCGUCAUCAUCCUUUACGAUCAUGUACACCCUGUGGGAGCAUUUGCAAAAACAUCAAAAAUUGACAUGAAAGGAUGUAUAAAAGUUUUGAAAGAACAGCCACCAAAUAAUGUUGAAGGCCUUCUGAAUGCACUCAGGUACACCACAAGACACCUGAACGAUGAGUCAGCAUCUAAACAGAUUCGAACAAUGCUUCAGGUUCAGUAAUUCCCUGGGCAAGAGGAUCCCUGUCCUGACCUCAGAAGAUGUACAUGUUUACAUAAUUUAAUACAAGUUGGUGUUAAUACUUAUUUGUCUUAUUUACCAUAACCAUUCCCUCCUCAUCAUUUAACAUAUAAAGAAAGAUCUUUAUAAUAAAACUGAUGAAUGGCUUUUUUUUUAAUUUUUACAUAGCAUAUGAAGCAUACCUGCAGCCUUAUAAUUGAUGUUGCGAAGUGCAGUUUGUUUUUGCCAGAAUUGAUGUACAAUGUUGUAUUUCUCCAGUAAGGGUUUCUCUGUAUAAGCUAUAAGACCUGGUACAUCUGCAAAUGUAAUUGUAAAUUUGCUCACAUCUUUCGUGUCUUUGCAUUCAGGGAAGCGAUUCUUCCUGUGGGGGGGAUGGGGAAGAACCCUCACAAAUUAGCAGAUUUUUUUUGAAUUAUCUUUUGCUUCCAUUCAGCUAUUUUAGGCAAGAAUUGCUGAAAUUUAAUGAUCAUCCAGUGCAGCAAUCUUCUUGGGCAGAUGCAUUGAGGCUUGGAGGAGGCGACUGUCUUUCAAUGCCCUAUAGUGUUGAAUUUAAGAAUCACUUGUUUAUCUGAAUUUUUUUUUGAAUCUCAGAAUUUUAUGAAAGGCCAUAAUAUUAAAAUGCCAUACCAUUUUAACUGCACCACUUUUCUACUUGCCAUCUGAAAUCAGAUCUUUAAAUUAGAACAGGUUUUUUUCUUUUUUUAGACUGUAAAAGGAAUUAAUAAAAUUGUAAGUUUGGUUUUGACUUAAUGGGCAUCAUACAUGUUAAAUUGUGCAUUUCCUGUUUUUGUGCACUUUCAGCUAACAGGAAGGGGAAUGUAAAAUACAGGUAACAGAAGAUAAAUUUGUGAUCAGCAACAAGCAACCGUGGCACAAAGGUUAUGUACUCACAGAUAAAUGUAAUUCCAGUCAUUGCCAAAUAUGAACUAGACACCCGUAAAUACCACAUGCUAGUAAACAUGAGGCACUGAUAAAUCACCAGACCAAUUUUUUCUUCAGGGUGUUAUUACAAGUAUUAAAUUUUAAUGAUUGAAGGAUCUUUUUUAAAAAAAAUGAGGUCUACAAUAAACAAUAUUUCCUGAAAAGCCACUAAGAAAGGUGGUGCAAAAUAUUGGCAAGAAAGAACAAAUGAUUUCUUAAAGUAAAAUGAUGGCCUUUAGAGCAAAGGUCUUUAAUUCCUUCACUGGUACAAACCUAUAUUUCUAUUUCAAUGUAUUUUUUUAUACAAGCAAUAAAAUUUCACGUGUUGCAUUCUGUGAAUGAAGUACACAUUAAAAAAUGCAAUUUACUAAGAACAGUAACAAAGUCUAUCAUACCUGUCCCACAAAUUAAGAAAUUCACAACAGUUGUUUCCAUUAAAGGGCUUGACAAGAUAUGUCCUGUUGGAAGAAGCCAGGAAUGGUCAGCAUUUUGUGUAAAGAUGCCAAUUCUGAUACAUGUGUGCCAAUGAUUAUUUAUACCACAGGUUUACCAUUGGUUAUUCUUUUAAAUUACGUAUUUGGUUAUUAGGAUGGCAAUGAUAGUGGGGAUUUCUUGGGCUACCUAUUUUGUCACAUAAGCUGGCUUUCACUUCCUUGGAGGUGGCAGAUUAUCACCAUGAACUGAUAAAAAUACCAUUGAGGGUUUGUACAAAUACCCCACUGCAUUUAUUAUUUUUUUUUGCUUAUUA